GGGCAAUUCAGAUGGACCAAGAACAGGCAAUACCUCCAGAAGAGACUAUACUGAGGAUGGUGAAGCUGGAGCUGUCCCAGGUCUCUGGGACCGACGCGUCCGCACGUUCCUCAAUUGUGGCCUGCGUCCUCGACCAGCUUACGCUCGAUAUGCUGAACACCAUCCCUACUUUUCUUGGGUACGAAUCGCUGAAUCCAGAUGACGCACCGUACUGCAUCACGCCGUCCUCGGACCCCGCUGUAGGACUCGGCAUGUUCGUGAAAGAGGACCUGACCGAGGGUGAUCUCAUCCUCGCAGAGCGCCCUCUGGCUAUCUUACCUGCAUCCGUUCUCGGAGGAUUCUCUGAAUCAGAUCUAGAAGAUCUGUUUGACCAGCUCACAGCACUGAUGGACGAUCGUGCGCGCUCUGCUUUCUUCGCUCUCGCUGAUUGCCACAAAGGGCCCUGCCGUGCACUCGGCAUCUUCAAGACGAACGGCAUAGGUCUGGGCGACGAUCUUGUAUAUCCCGAUGACUCUGGCGAUUCUGCAUACGUUGGUGUAUUCGAGCGUGCAUCCCGCAUCAAUCACAGUUGCAGUCCGAACGCUGUAUAUCACUUUGACCUUCAGUCGUUCUGCCUGGUGGUUCGCGCCAUCCGGCACAUAUCCAAAGGCGAAGAGAUCUUCAUCUCGUACAGCGAAACACUUCUGCAAGCUGCCACAAGGCGUCAGAAUUCAUUGCAGGACUAUGGCUUCCGCUGCGCCUGCCCUGCAUGUGCGAUGUCAGAUAUCUCCGAUGCACAUCGCGCCAGGAUCGGGUCCGCGCGACCUGUAGACUUGCGCACGCCGCCCGAAGAGAUUGUCGCCAUCAGCGGUGAGCAAGUAUGGCUGAUAGAGCUCGAAGGUCUGCAGAUGUUGGGCCAAUACGUCGAAAACGCCCUCUUUCUUAUUGUCGCCUACACCGCGCUCGAGGAUCCGGCACGCGCGGCCGUAUACGAGGACAAAGUCAGGUGCUGGGAGAUCGCCAUCCGCGGGGAGCACGCCAACUUUGACAACAUCGAGCUAGCGAAGAGAGCGGGACUCCGUAUAGCAGCAGCUGCAAGGAACGAUGAUACAUAACUGGCUAUAGCGCGGCCGUAACUCCUGCGUUGGGAAUCAG